UAUUUACGUAAAACAUUCAAUUUGUAAAAACUAAAAAAGCAUUUUUCUUAAAAAAGAUUUUAAAACGUAGUUAUUCAAAAGUUGUAAACUUCACAUCGUUUAUCGAAAUCAGUUUUAUGACUUUGUAAACAGACCGCACCUAAAUAACAUGGAAAACAUGUAAUUUUGAGCAGUAACUAAUCAGCAUCUCCCUUUCCUAGUAAUAAUAGACAUAAUUAUGUCCACGUUUCUUUCGCGUGAUUCGCCGUAACGCGGUAACUUACUAUGCAUAUUGCAUGCACAUCGGCGGAAGUGGCGGCGUCGGCUAAGCGGAUGUCAUCGCCCAAGAGAGAGUAAUGGCGUUCGUAGUGAGCACACGGUGUUCUCGCGGUUUGUCCGUUACGUCGUGAAUUAAACCGUACCUCAAAGAGACCGGGUUGAAAUCUGCCUUCGUAUUCGUUGUCGAGUAUCCCGCCUCGUUGGAACAAAUUGUACUAUACGAUUCGCAGUCGAAACUCGGGAAAUAUCGCGAGACACGAGGAAACGCAGGAAAGCGCGUGUGGCGGUUGAGCUGGUGGUUGUGUACGUUCUCGCCAAGUGCAUCGUGUGCAGGAAGAACUCGACACGAAGUUCCAGAACGUUUGUCAAAUCCUCACGGCGAUUCUGAUUGUUGACUUUAAGCUUAUAAUGAACUGAGACUCCAAAAUUGUACGCUCACAAUCAUCAUCGUACACAUCGUACACGUCUGUCGUUCUACGUGUGUCACGGAGCAUCAUGACGUGAUUCACUAUGGAUUUAAUACAAGAUCGUAGUAUUAUUGUUAACAUAAGGCAUGUUUGACCGUGUUGUCCAUCUAAGUGGAGCAAAAUUAAUUAAAGUUACUUAGUUGCAUUUACCUUCUCUUAUAAUGUCUGCGAAUGCUCAAUUUGCAAAUCAGUCACCAGCGGUGAGUUUACCAAAUAUGUCUGUGCCGCCGCCUGGAACUCCGAACUUGUCGGCACCACCGCCAAAUCUUACCACCAUAAACACAUCGGGAAGCUAUCCACAUCGAUAUGCUAAUCAUAGAGAGGGCAAUCGUGGUUUCUUCAAGCCAUUUCGACCUUAUCACGCCCCGAAAGUCGUCGCUGGAGGGCAGGAUACUUUGCAAGAUGAAUUCGAUGGGAAGAGGCUCAGAAAAUCUGUUAUGCGAAAGACGGUUGAUUAUAAUUCCGCCAUCAUCAAGAGUUUAGAGAAUCGAGUAUGGCAACGAGACUACAGGGAUCGUCGCGCGCUUCAACCAGAUGUAAUAUAUUAUCCCGACUUACUUCCGCCGCCAAGUUACAUUGAUAAUCCGAUAAACGCGGUUACCACGAGAUUCGUAAAAACGGCCACCAAUAAAAUGCGUUGUCCGAUUUUUUGUAUGGCUUGGACUCCAGAAGGAAGACGUCUCGUUACCGGUGCCUCGAGUGGCGAGUUCACCUUAUGGAAUGGCCUCACUUUCAAUUUUGAGACUAUUCUACAGGCACACGACAGCCCAGUAAGGACAAUGGUUUGGUCGCACAACGAGAGCUGGAUGGUAACAGGGGACCAUGCAGGCUACGUGAAAUAUUGGCAGAGCAAUAUGAACAACGUCAAGAUGUUUCAAGCGCACAAAGAAGCGAUUAGAGGACUCAGUUUCAGUCCAACGGAUCACAAAUUGGCGACCUGCAGUGAUGACGGAACUGUCAGAAUUUGGGACUUUCUUCGCUGUCAUGAAGAACGAAUUCUCAGGGGUCACGGUGCAGAUGUCAAAUGCGUGCAUUGGCAUCCGCAAAAGGGUCUAGUCAUUUCUGGCAGUAAAGACAAUCAGCAACCAGUGAAACUGUGGGAUCCAAAAACUGGCCAGUCUUUAGCGACACUCCACGCACACAAGUCGACUGUGAUGGAUGUCAAAUGGAACGAAAACGGUAACUGGUUGGUGACCGCGUCAAGAGAUCAUCUAUUGAAAUUAUUUGAUAUCAGGAAUCUGAGCCAAGAAGUUCAGACUUUCCGCGGCCAUAAAAAAGAAGCGUCCAGCGUUGCUUGGCAUCCAAGUCAUGAGGGUCUCUUUUGUAGCGGUGGAAGCGACGGUGCUAUACUCUUCUGGCAUGUGGGAGCGGACAAGGAAGUAGGAGCAAUAGAACAGGCUCAUGAUAGCAUAGUCUGGACAUUGGCUUGGCAUCCUUUGGGACAUAUCUUAUGUUCUGGUAGCAACGAUCACACAUCUAAGUUUUGGACACGUAACAGGCCGGGAGAUCUUAUGAGAGAUAAAUACAAUCUCAAUACAUUGCCAGCGGGCUCGGCCGGAAUUGACGAUCACGAAAUCGCUGAUGAAGCAGCAGUAAUACCCGGUAUGGGCCCGGAGGAUAGAAUCAAUGCCGAUGGUGAGGCCGAAGAUAAGAGCGGAGGAAUCCCGGGUCUGGACUUGGAUCACGCGGUGGAUGAGGGCAAGAAAUUUGCCAAUAAGAAAGUACCUUAUAGCAAACCUAUACCACGGAACUUCCAAGCUCAAUGGAACGAAAUGGAGGCCGAGGAUAUCGAGCAGGUUGAAGCACUCAAUGCAUUUGUCAAUCAAUUGAUUGAAACUACGCCUGGUGCCGUGCCAUUGAACGAAGUUACGCCUAAUGCCAUUAUAUUGUACGGGAAAAUGAUUCCUGUAGAAGCGGGCUCCAAGCUAGCAGAAGCGAUCAGUAAAGGAACCGACGCUAUAAACAAAUUAGUAUUCUCGGGUGAGAUAGAAGAGCUACGAGACGUGGUUGGUCCGCCGGACAAUACAGACGAAGCUGAGGAGUAUCUGCAGGACGAUGGUGAGAUCGAUUAUUCGAAAGUACCCGACAUCGAUCUCCCACCGCCUUUGCCUAGUUCAAAGUUCGCACAAAAUCCUGAGCUAUUGAAGACAUUAAAUCGCGGUGGCAAGCGGAAGUUUGAUCAACUAAUUGGCUGGAGCGAUGGCGGUGCUAGCGAUCGCACGUCCAAGAUUCAUCAGCCGGUCUUCGGUGGCGUGAUGACGGAGGACUCGCAGUCCAGCGACACUGAUCUGAGGUUCGGCCUCGGUAAGCCAAAUGUUGGCGAGAGUAAUUCCUUCCACGGCGACGAGGAUCACAGGCGAGGUGCCUCUCACGAUCCCAUGAGGAGCAGCAAUCGCGACGACGAAGAUCUGAGGUUCAACAUAUCCGGUCCCGGUAGGCCCGGUUCGCACGAGUAUGAUCCGCGCAGCAACAAUUUCGCUGAUAAGGAUUUCCGCAUCAGCGGCUUCUCGCUGUUGAAAAAGCUGGACAACGAUAUGUACGAUGACCGAGAGCGCGAUGGUACGAGUUCUGGCCGCUGGGAUGAUGAGAAGGACGACGGUCCUCGCGGCAAAUCGGACGGCGCGUUCGCUGGCAACAGCUUCGACAAGCGUGACAGUAGCAUGGCGAUGGUUCCCGGCAUGGGUAACAGUAUGCACGGUCACAUGGCUGGCAUGCCUCAUCUGUCGAAUCAUCACAACAUGCAAAAUAUCAAUCCUAACAUGCCACCGCCGAUACCGAGUCUCGUGCCGCAUCCUAAUAUGCAACAGCAUCCUGGUAUGCAGGGUAAACCUCAUCCUGGCAUGCCUGGCAUGGAUGGCUCAAUGCCGUCACAUUUGAUGGCGCACCAUCCAAACAUGCAUCCAGGCUUCGGUCCCAACGGACCACCGCCUGGCGGUUUCGGGCCCAAUUUCCGACCGCCGCCAAAUGGCAAUUUUGGACCGAACCACUUUAGGCCGAGCCCGAUGCCGCCGUUCGGCCCGAAUCAAGGUCCGCCGCCUUUCGGCAAUAAUUUCCAAGGAGCGCCCAAUUUCCGCGGACCGAACGCCGGUCCGAUGAGCUUCGAACGGCCAGGCUUUGGGCCUAAUUUCCGCGGGCAGAACUCGCAGGGUCAAUUAAACAGCUUUAACUCCAAUUUCGGCAAUUUCGGCAAGAACGGACCGAAUCGCGUUAUGAACCGAGGCAGUGGUGACAGAAGUGGUUACAAUAAUCGCAGUAGAGGACGCGACAACGAUCAGUCGAGAAGUGGGAGGGGAAGAGACAAUUAUUAA